UACAAUGACGACCUUUUGCCUGGCCUAGUCGAUUCCCAUUGGCAGGUUCUGGCCUCUUCUCGGCGCCCAGCACGCUGGUCAUCUUCUGCGAAUACCACACUGCGCGUUCCACCCUCCACAUCCACACCGUGCACUGGUGAUGUGGCCGCAGACUUCACCAGUUCGCCAAUCAUGAUCGCUUCUACCACUACCGCUCAGACUUUGUCUGGUGCACGGCCUGAGAGAGCUGCCACAAUCAAAAUCCACUGCGGGAAUUCUGGCCUCUCCAGCCUUGCUACGUCUGAGAGCAGAAAGGGCCAACCUGUCCCUCCUGCAAUCUCUGGCGCUUGGCAUAGCUCGGCUCCUGCGAUGCUUGACCUUGCGUUUACGUCUGUGCUCUCCAGCCCCACUCGUCCGCCGACGCUUUCCUCGAUUCCGAUGCUCAAUGAGAUAAAGUCCCAAACGGCGAGUCACAUACUCUCUCGAGCCCCGGCUGGCUCGUCCAGCCAACAGGCAGCCAAACCAUCUGGCCCCAACGUCGGGGUCGGCAUACAGCGUGAACUUGUCUGCUCGCCCAUACGCGAAGAGGAGGACGAAUCUGGUCGCCUCCGCUCCAGAUGCCUUCCGCCCGUCUCUCUUCCUGCUUCGCCAGGCUCCCCCAUCGCUGGCCGGGAGCACUCCCUUAUCUUGCCCGAUCUGGAUCCUGACUACGAUUCACGGAUAGACCCGGAAGUUGAAUAUGAAGAGCCGGCUUCGCUGACCACCUCAACCAGUCAGGCGGUGGGGGUCGAUGUAGAAAACACUAGCGCCGGUGGUCCUGACAACGAGUCGGAACUCGAGGUUGACUUUACAGCCCAUCUUCGGCCACAGGUCUAUGCCAGUGCUGCAUCCGGCGGAUUCGAACGCCGACGUCGGUCCGAAUCGGCUGGUCUACGGGCAACCUCAGCUUUCUACAAUCAAUCGGCUGCAGCACCAUUUACCAGCGCUCGGUCUUCAUUUGCCGCUCCGCCCAGCUUCCCGAUCUACACGGGGCUAAGUUCGGCCACCUUUUUGACCACGGACGCCGGAGGUGUUGCUGCUGACUUGCCUGGCCUCCCAGGCAAGCCUCGAGAGGCCAACACCACUGCCAGCGGCAUGACUACUGGACCUGGCAUAACAUUUAUGGACGCAAAUCUGGGUCGUUCGGCAGGUUCUUCACUGCUGCUGGGCGUGAGCAGUGCCGGCUCGACAAUGGCACGACUUCGUCCAGUUGGCGGGACUGGUGCACAAUCAGGCAAUGCGUUUCGGACUGCCAUUUCUCCGUCCGGUCUGUCGCCGCCGUUUGGCCUGACACCCCUCAACAUCUCACUCAGCUCUCUGGCCAGCAGUUUGCGCGACUCUCGCAACAUGCUGGACGUUAUUCGUGGCACUUUUGAGCUUCAAGUUCGUGCGCAAAAGAAGGCGGCGGCGGCAGCAGCAGCAGCAGCAGCAUCUGCCACAACAGUAGUCGGUACAAGCAGCGCUGGACCGCUGAAUGGGCAUGCAUCGUUGAUGCGUCGCCACCCCUACCAGCACACGAGCACUCGCUUGCACCACUAUAGUCUGCAGUACAACGGAGCUACCAAUGAGACAGAUACAUUGACCGGCCUAUCGGUCGGUGAGGAGGAGCCGGCCUCUUUCCACUCCAGGCACCAUUAUCCAACUAUGCUGCAUCAGAGUCUUCAUUCAUCCCGUCAUGGCCACACUGGUACCGCCUCUGUAGGCGGCUCGUCUAUGUAUCAAUUGGCUUCAGUGCCUAGCCUCGUUACUUCGCCUGAGUCCAGAGGCAAUUUGUCCGGAAUUCAAGUGAUGUCUAAUGCUUUGGACGACACGACAAGAGGAGAGGAAUUCACGAGGCCCAAUAACUCCUUGAUGGCGGACAUCGGUGGCGUCCCGACAAGUUCCAAUGGGCCCGGCGGGGUAGAGUCUGAGGAUCGCUUCGUUCUUGGGCUCCGAGAACUCACUUCACAGCGUUACCGCGGACAUCGACUCUCUGUGAAAUCCACAUGUUCUAGCCUGGCUUCGCUCAGUCUGGCAGCACCGGCGACUUCACUUGAUCGUGCUUCUGCAAGUGUGGCACAGAGCCAGGUUAGUGUUGCCUCUCCAGUUACCGGCUCAUUGACCGAAGGCCCCAUAUCAAUAGCCACAGAUGGCCAAGAGCAGUCUAGUGAAUUGGUAUCACCAAGAGACUCCCUUCUGAUGUUGUCCUCUUUGGGGCAUCAAUUUUCCUUACCCGUAGAUACGCUGUCCGAACAGGAUAGUGAGGAUGAACGGCGGCAGAAUCAGUCACAAAUUGACAACUCAUUGACCUACUCCGUUUGCAACAAAGACGUGCCCGAGGGUCGGGCAGAGCAUAACCAGCUGGUCAUCUCUUCCGAUUCUGCCUACUAUGAUGCUCCUGCCAAGGCCCAAACUUUGGACGGCAGUCGAACCGCUCUUCGACCCAUCAUACCUCUUAGUCCGCCCAUUAAACACGGACUUGACAAUGGGCUUGCAGAUGCUUCGGUUAAACCUGCUGUAGAAAGAAGAAAUGGGUGGUCUGCAAAUAAGCCACACUCUGAGACGGAUAUAGAUCAACAAACCUUCAUCUUAGACCCAACACAUAUCGAUGGCCUCACCAAUACAACUGUGCAGACGAACCUGCGAUCCAGACAUGUGAGGCCCAUAGCUGUUGAGGAAACUGGGAGACUGAACAAAAACGCUUGCCGAGCCGAGCGGAACAGGCAUAUUUUGUCUCAAUCGGUAAAUUUUGUCUAUUUAUUGCUAUUUUCGCUGUCUUAA